AUGCAUGCAGCCUUGCGAAAUCUUGAAGUAAUACACGUCGUCAGCUCGCAUACAGAACGUGGAACCCUUCCUGCACUUGCAUCCGCGUGUCUUGCAUUCCAGGGCCCAGCGCUCAACGUCCUUUGGAGGGAUUUACACUCCGUGGAGCCGCUUGUUAGAUGUUUACCAACAGACCUGUUUAGCUUCGAUCGUGGAUGUACGGCAUUGCGGAAACCUCUUGACAACAAGAUGUGGGAUACUCUGGUCAAAUAUACAUUUCGCGUACGCUCCAUCACCGUAAAACAAACAAGCCACCCCUCGGCACUUAUCGUAUCCCUCAAUGUGAUAAUGCUGUCUUAUCCUUCAGCACCUGCAUCCUUGUUUCCAAACCUUUGUGAAUUAACAUGGUAUGCUGGUGGAUCUCACUUCGCUGCAGAGUUCCUGCGCAUGACUCUUGUACCCUCCCUACGGGUCUUGACCUUGCGGUUUGCCUCAGCUUCCUCGACUUUCCUCUCCGUCCAUUCGUCUCUUGGGACCUUGUGUCCUCACCUCCGAAGCAUGACCUUGAGAUAUCGUCCUACAACGGAAGACUCGUCCAGUAAACUUUCCCCUUUCAUCGCACAGCCUAUUUCCCAGCUUCACAAACUCCACACGUUGAUGCUAUGGGACCUAGCAAACACAGGCAUGGAUCACAUCAUGCAGCUUCAAGCCCUGCGGUCACUGGACUUGGACCUAAGGACAUCGUCAGUCGGGGAGAGGCAGUCGCUUUUGCCAUUCCCUGGCUUUCAUCAUUUGCAUUAUUUGUGCCUUAGAUUUGGCGCAUUUGAGCGAGCCAUGGACCUCUUGAGUUCACUCCAAGUCAUCAGGAGCAAAGAAAUCAAGAUCGUCUUCGCGUCCUGUAUUGCGGAAUCCUCCGAAAGUCCGUCUAUGUCACUAUCGCAGUUUCUUGCCAUCCUCCCAGAGAUAUGCGACAACAAGAAACUUCAACGCCCCAGCCUAAUGGGAUCGAAGGUCAUACACACAGAGUCAGCCGUCUUCACGCCAUUGCGCGCAUUCCGCAAUUUAAUUGUGUUCCACGUCUAUUUCCGAUGGGGAGCUGUGCCAGAUGUGCCAACGUUCCACGGGCUGCUAGGCGUGCUUCGACUCUGCCCCUUUCUGACUUCGCUCGCUCUUGCCAUUGAUACCACGAAACUGGAAGGCAUCAAUCUCAGAAGUCCCAGCGGUGAAAACCUUAACACGUAUCUCAAUGACAUCACCCUCGGCAAUUCAUUGAUAGCUUCCCCGCUAAACGUAGCUCUCAUCCUCAGCGGUAUCUUUCCCUACCUCGAGCAGGUGUUCCCUCAUCACUAG